CGGCGGGAACACCAAGUGCAAGGACGGCGUCAUCUUGUCGCCAUGGCAGCCGGAGGACCCCGUCUUCUCCGAGCGCAUCGCCAGGGCCGCCAUUUAUUUUGUGGGCUUGGUGUACAUGUUCCUGGGCGUCUCCAUCAUCGCCGACCGCUUUAUGGCAUCCAUUGAGGUCAUCACGUCCCAAGAGAGAAAGAUCAUCAUCAAAAAAACAAACGGGGAAAAGUUGACGACAACCGUACGGGUCUGGAAUGAGACCGUGUCCAACCUGACCCUCAUGGCUCUGGGAUCGUCCGCUCCGGAGAUACUGCUCUCCGUGGUGGAAGUUUGCGGUCACAACUUUGACGCCGGCGAGCUGGGCCCGAACACCAUCGUGGGAAGCGCCGCCUUCAACAUGUUUGUCAUCAUCGGCCUUUGCGUGUACGUCAUCCCAGAUGGACAGACGCGCAAGGUCAAACACCUGCGGGUGUUCUUCGUCACGGCCACCUGGAGCGUGUUUGCCUACACGUGGCUUUACCUCAUCUUGGCUGUUUUCUCUCCGGGCGUUGUUCAGAUUUGGGAGGGGCUCCUGACGCUCUUCUUCUUUCCCGUUUGCGUUGCCUUUGCAUACGUAGCCGACCGCCGCCUCCUCUUCUACAAGUACGUGUACAAGCGCUACCGAGCCGGGAAGCGCAAGGGGGUGAUCAUCGAGACUGAGGGUGAACCCGAUCUUCCUUCCAAAGCUGACAUCGAAAUGGAUGGCGUUGCGUUCCUGCCCCAUGACGAGGAGCUGCUGGAUGGAGAGCGUGGCUUUGGGGUAGAAGAUGAGGGGUUGAAAGUGAAGCAGCUGAUGGAUCAGGCCUCCUACCAUGUUUUAACGAAACAACAGAAAAACCCAACGUAUUACCACGCCAUGCAGAUUGUGACGGGAACCGCUGACGUCCCGGAGAAGAUGGCGGCCGGACCCAAUGCCAGGAUCACUCAGAAAGACGGCCUGUUCUCCUCUGAGGUGUUCUUCCAUCCAACCAGGUAUCAGUGCUUGGAGAACUGCGGCAGUUUGGCGUUAAACGUGCUCCGACGAGGCGGUGACCUCAGUACAACAGUCGCAGUCGACUAUCGAACACAAGAUGGCACUGCCAUCGCCGGGUCAGACUAUCGCUUUGCCCACGGGACGGUGGUGUUCCGAGCGGGCGAGACGGCCAAGGAAAUCCGCAUCGAGAUCAUUGACGACGACAUCUUUGAGGAAGAGGAGCACUUCCUGGUCCACUUAAGCGGCGCCAGGCUCAUGUCCGGUGGGGGAGGAGAAUCAAACGACGUCUCGGCAGGUUUGGGUCCGCCUUGCACGGCCACGGUCGCCAUCUUGGAUGACGACCACGCGGGGAUCUUCACAUUCGAGGAGCCGACGCUGACCGUGAGCGAGAGCGUUGGCGUCAUGGAGGUGAAGGUGCUCCGGACCUUGGGGGCUCGGGGAGUUGUGGCUGUGCCGUACAGAACCGUUGAGGGGAGCGCCAAAGGGGGCGGCGAGGACUUUGAGGACACUCACGGUGUCCUGGAAUUUGACAACAAUGAGAUGUCCAAAACACUUUGCAUCAACAUCAUUGACGAUGAGCAAUACGAGAAAAACAAGAACUUCUUCCUGGAGCUGGGCGAGCCUCAUCUGCUGGAGAUGAGCGAGAGAAAAGCCGUUCUGCUUCAAGAAGUCGGUGGAUUCUCCCGAACAGACAAGCAACUGUUUGGCAAAGAUGUCUACAGGAAAAUCCAAGAACCAGAAAAACACAACCCCUCUUCCAUCUUGAUCAUCUCAGAAGACGCCAAGGACGUGGAGACAAAGGAGGAAGAGGAGAGGCGGAUUGCACAGAUGGGUCGACCCAAGUUAGGCGAACACGUCAAACUUGAAGUCAUCAUUGAGGAGUCGUACGAGUUUAAGAGUUCGGUGGACAAGGUGAUGAAGAAGACGAGGCUGGCUGUGCUGGUGGGGACCACGUCGUGGAGAGAACAGUUUGUGGACGCUAUCACAGUCAGCGCAGGUGAUGACGACGAUGACAACAAGAAGCUACCCUCCAGUCUGGACUACGUCAUACACUUCUUGACAGUCUUCUGGAAGCUUCUGUUUGCGUUGGUCCCGCCCACCGACUACUGGAAUGGCUGGGCAUGCUUCGUGGUCUGCAUUGUGGUCAUCGGCAUCCUGACGGCGGUCAUCGGGGACCUGGCGUCACACUUCGGCUGCACGGUGGGCCUAAAGGACUCGGUCACGGCUGUGGUGUUCGUAGCGUUGGGCACAUCAGUACCAGACACCUUUGCCAGCAAGGUGGCGGCCUGCCAGGACCAGUAUGCGGACGCUUCCAUUGGCAACGUGACAGGAAGUAACGCCGUCAACGUCUUCUUGGGUAUCGGUGUGGCCUGGUCCAUCGCUGCUGUGUACCACUACUCCAAGAACCAGGAGUUUAGGGUGGACCCGGGAACGCUGGCUUUCUCCGUCACGCUUUUUACCAUCUUCGCCUUCAUCUGCAUCGCCGUCCUCCUCUACCGGCGCCGGCCCUCGAUCGGCGGAGAAUUGGGUGGACCACCGGUUCCCAAGAUGGUGACCACAAGCUUGUUCUUCAGCCUGUGGUUGAUGUACAUUGUCUUCUCCUCCCUUGAGGCCUACUGCCACAUCCAAGGCUUUUGAGUCUUCUGAGCUGUUGGUCACAUUUAGCUGGUUUAGCUUUGCUGAGAAGUUCUGCCCCCAUGGAAACAUUGAGGAUGAUUAGGGUAUUUGAAGGUUAAAUUCGCAUUAGUAUUGGUACUCUUAAUAAUAAAAAAAACACUUUCAACUCGAACGUAUGUCCUUGUCGAUCAUAAAUAAAUUUUUCUGGCCGUUCAAUAA